AUGCCUCGAUGGGAAGCCGUUUGCCUCCCUGGCCUUCGUCGCUCGGAGGGUCCGAGUCGUGCCCAUGCCGACCGCGACCGGUCUGGCUUGCUGGCCGGCGGUGCUUUGAUUCCCGUGGUGGCGGAGCCUCUGCUUUUGCGACGCCACUGCCCAGGGCAAAGGAAGCUGCAAGGCCGCAUCAGCUUCAAGCAGCCUCUGGAGAAGCCUCAGAAAAUCGAGGCUCAGGCUCAGGCGAAGUUCGAGCCCGAGCCGGCCCAAAUGGAAGCGCCCCAAAAGGCCGUGCUGGAAGCUGGCGAAGGAAACUCUGCGACAGCACCAAGAGAAGAGGAGCUCGGGAGCCUUCCGCUAACAGCAAACUCCUCCUCCACGCCCACGGAUCUCGUCGCCACGACACUGAGGAGGCGUGUGCUGCAGAGCGGAAGCAGGCGAACCUGGCCUCGAGUCAGGCUGCCGGUGACCGCAGAAGCGAUGCAGCGAUUCGGCGAUGAGUGGCCAGAGGCCCUGGCGCGUUGCAUUGCCAAGCUGCGGCCGGAGGCCCCGGCGAAGCCGGUGGAAGUGGUGGCGGUGAGGCCGCUCAAGAUGGAGCUUUUGGACCUGGCGGAAGGUCGGGAGGAGGUCCAGUGCAGAGCCGGCGGCGGUGCACUACCUGCGGUCGGCAGCGUCUGCUGUAUGCAGUGGUACGGUGACCUGUCUUCCAUGGUGGAGGCCUGCUUGGACUGCUGGGUCGUGGAGCUGGCACUCGAACCUCCUGCCGAUUGCAACGAUGCGAAAGCCUUGGCAGAGUGCAUCUCUCAACACUUGGCGCGGCCUUUGACGAGCUCCACAGACCCGCCACGAGUCGUCGCCGCGGAGGGCAAAGUCUUCCCACCACGCGUCGAUCGCCUCUUCAACCUGCGCGAGGUGGUGCCCCGAGAGCUGCGCCGCGUCUUCGCUUGGCCUGGGCGCCUGGAGCCUGUGGAAGCCCAGCUUCGACCGCGGCAGAUCCUGCGCCCGAACCCAGACCAGGGCCGCCAGGAGCAGGGCCGUGACCGGGGUGACUGUGACCGAGAAGUCUACGUCUACGCCCAGUGA